UUACUUAGGACUAUUCCUUUUUGAAUUGGUACACAACUGGGCAAUAUGAAAAUAAAAGAAUUUUUCAAAAUAUUAUGGAACUUCAGGUCAACAUUACUGCUGAUUCUCCUUCCCAUUGUUAUGUUACCAAUUCCGAUUGUACUUGAUUCAACGGAAGCAGCAUGUGGAUACUGCAUUAUUAUUAUGGCUGCUUACUGGAUAUCUGAAGUGUUACCUUUGGCCGUAACAUCUUUUCUUCCUCUCAUCAUGUUUCCACUCAUGGGAAUUAUGCCCGCAAGCGCGGUGAGCGUCGUCUACUUAAAAGACACGAACUGGCUGUUUGUUGGAGGCCUAAUGAUUGCUGUGGCUGUUGAACAUACCUGCCUGCACAAACGAAUUGCACUGCGAGUGCUGUUGGCCGUCGGAAGCAAGCCAGAAAGUCUUAUGAUCGGAUUCAUGAUUCCUACGUAUUUUCUGUCUAUGUGGAUUUCAAACACUGCAACCACAGCGAUGAUGAUUCCGAUAGUCAAUGCUGUGUUGGGUGAGUUGGUUCGAGGUCCAAGCGAAUACCAAAAUGACCAGGAGUUGGAGGAUGGGCCCGAACAACCGGACUUGGAAAAGACAACUGGAUUUACUACAACAAAUAUUGAUGUCAAAAGUCAAAAUACAGAAUCAAAUACAGAUGGAGUGAAAUCUUACCAAAACUCAACAUUCAAAAGCGACGAAUCAGAUAUUGAUUCAGUAAAUGACGCUACAAAAGCUGAAGAAACUGAAACUGCCUCAAAGGAGAAUGAUGUUGCAGUGGUACAACCGGAACCCAAACAUGAUAGCGGUAAAUUGGAAAAAGGAUUAACAUUAUGUGUUCCGUACGCUGCAAGUAUCGGUGGAAUAACUACCCUAACUGGAACGGGACCGAACCUUGUGCUUGCUGGACAAUAUCCCAUACUCUUUCCGGACGCUGAACCACCUAUAACAUUCAGUAAUUGGAUGGCAUAUCAUCUACCUCUUUCAUUGUCGCUCCUUCUACUUUCCUAUAUUUGGUUGAUGUGGUUGUUUUUAGACCUCAGUAUUAGGAGUAUUCGGACAUGGUGUGGACGUGGAAAUAAGACGGAGAGAGACAGAAGAGUGAAUGAAUUAUUAGUGAGGGAAUAUGCAAAGUUGGGUGAUAUAAGGUGGGCAGAAGUCACAGUUUUGAUUGUUUUCACCACGACUGCAUUACUAUGGUUCUUCAGAGACCCAGGUUUUAUACCUGGUUGGUCUGUAUUGUUUAAAGAUGGUUACGUUAGCGAUGGAACUGUAGCCAUGACCAUGGCAUGUCUUCUAUUUUUCUUACCCUCCAACCGGCCAACGUUUUUGGGAAAAAGACCCGAAAAAAUUAACGACAUAAAGCCUGUACCUCCUGUGUUGGAUUGGCCUACAGUGCAUCGCAUGUUCCCCUGGAAUGUUGUCUUUUUGCUCGGUGGAGGAUUUGCACUUGCAGAAGGAGCUACUGUUUCUGGAUUUUCAGACUGGCUGGGAGAACAAUUAAUAUUCCUGAAUGGCUUACCGAAUUGGGUUAUAUGUCUGAUAGUGACUGUGAUAACAUGUCUAUUUACUGAAUGUACCAGCAACGUUGCAACUGCUUCACUGUUCGUUCCUAUCAUAGCGGAAUUGGCACAAGGAGCACAAAUUCAUCCCCUCUAUCUUUUAUUACCUACCGUGGUAUCAACGUCACUUGCAUUUAUGCUGCCGGUUGCGACACCACCAAACGCUAUCGCGUUUUCAUACGGUCACUUGAAAGUGGUUGAUCUGGUGAAGGCUGGAUGGAUGCUAAAUUUACUCGGAAUUCUAAUAUUAAUGGUAUUCAUAAACACAUACGGCGUAGCUUUCUAUGGUCUCGAUGAAUUUCCUUACUGGGCUUCAGAAAACUAUACUGGUCCUACAGACCCUCCUACAACAAUGAUGCCUCUUAUAUAAAUGUUACAUAAUCAAGUAUUUUUUGAAGGUUUCAUAUAAUUUUAUAAAAUAACAAAACAAAAAAAUAGUGGUCAUAUGAGCUAUUUAACA